UCCCGAGAGUUUCAGGAGACACUCAGACUAAGUUAAGUUGUCAAUUCGACGAAAUAGACGCGCUAUUUUCGACGAGUAACGUGGGACGAGCAUUACUGUCGACACGACGAAGGGUUGAGACGAUGUAACCUGGGACCACGCGAGCCACGCUCGAGCGGUCUUGGUGACGCCCGCGAUACAUUCCGCCUUGAACUUCCGCAGCAAGAGGAGAUACCAAGUGCCCUAACUACUAGAUUACUUUUGAGUUGACUCAAAGUUUCCCUGUCUGCAGGGGGAGCGGCCGAAUGGACUGCAGCGGGUGCUGUGGGCGAGGGGAUGAGAGGAGGCUGUUGAAGGAGGGGGGAGAGUGUUGGUGGGGAGCAAAUUCAGAAGUAGGGCACCCAGUGAGGAGAGCGGUGGAGGGGAAGGAAAAGCAGGAGAGGAGAUGGUGCUACCUCUGCUCCCCCUCCAGCCCCUUUCUCCUUUCUCCAACCUCUCCCUCCAUCCGCCUGAAGUCGCUUCCGCAUUCCUCGCCUUUUCUCCCCUCCGUCAUAUUCGUUUCCCCCUCUUCCCUCCGGUCCUCAAUCCCUCCCCACCUGACACCCCCUCCCCUGACUGCAGGGGAGGGGAGUGAAGAGCAGCGGAUGCUGCGCACUAGAGGGGAGGAAGAUUGGAAAAGUGUUGGGGAGAAUGGAGUGGGGCAGCAGACUCUGAAGCAGCGCACCCAGUAGGGAGUCAGUGAGGGGAAGGGAAAGGAAUAGCAGGAUAGUUGGGGUGAAGGGCUAAGUCUAGGAUUGAGGGAAUGGGGUGGGAGAAGGCAGAAGGGGAGCGGGAGUGGGAGAUGAGUGAAGGGUGUAGGUGGAAAGGGAGGGCAUAAUACCAACCAACCCGCCCCUCUCCCCUCUUGCUGAUCACCUCUGGUCCUACACCCAGUAUUUGCCUUGCCAUGCCAUGCUUGCCCAGCUCCUACUUUCCGCUCCUCCCUUCCUCCUUGUCCCUUGUCCCUUCCGAGUACCAACCAGCCCCUCUCCCCUCUUGCUGAUCCCUCCUCGUCCUCCACCCAGUAUUUGCCCUGCCAUGCUUGACCAGCUCUUCCCUUACGCUCCUCCCUCAUCCUUCCUUCCCACCCCCUCCCCCCCCCGAGUUUCCCUUCUCGGGUAUUGGUCCUGCAGGGCACCAAUCAGGAAGGAUUUAUUCGAGAUUGAGCGUGGAGGCCAAUAAUACGCCUGGAGAAAG